GUCACUGGCAAUCCGCUUCCCCCACGAAUCAGGCCAGCUGCUCUGGAGUCGAGCCGUAGGUGCACUAAAAGGUGGUCCGUGGUCCGUGGUCCGUUGAAAGAUAUGUGCAAUGGUCUGCAGAUGGCUCACAAGCACGCAGCACGUAGGGCGUGUUUAUAAAUGCAGCUCAAACUGGAUCGGGUUUGCAAGUAGGGCGUGUUGAAUUGAUUGGUCCGUCGUCUGCAUCGUGACAGUGUUACAGCAAGGGACCAGUCUGAUAUCUGGCAAGGCACUUAUUAGGUGGGGCCUAAGGUCAACUGACCAGAUCUCAAACACGCGGGCUACUUCGGUACACGUGUUGGGGCGCGAGUCAUUUUUAUUCAUCGUCAUCUGUUCUAUUGCAGCCAUUGAUCAUGGAAACUCCGGAAAUUUCAGAGACCCCUGCAACGGAUACUAGGAGAAAGGCAGGAACUGUAAACUGGGGUACAGCAACGAUUAUUGGAGUGUUCGCAGGCCUGCUGUAUGGAGGUAGCAAAGAGGCAGCUGCAUCCAUUAGCAAGGAUGCAGAGGUGAUGUUGAAGCUUGGGAGCACACCGGACAAGCGUGAGCAGUACAGGUUGAUGAGAGAUGCAAUGGAGAAGAGGUUCAUCCGAGUCACUCGCGGGUCGAUAAUUGGUGGGGUCCGACUUGGAAUGUUCACCGCCACAUUUUUUGGUAUACAGAAUCUUCUUGCAGAGAAACGCGGCGUGCAUGAUGUUUUUAAUGUUGCCGGGGCUGGUUCUGCCACUGCUGCGACAUUUGGCCUCAUCAUGCCAGGUUCCUUACUUUGGCGGGCUAGGAAUGUGAUGUUGGGUUCGGUCCUGGGAGCGGCAUUUUGUUUCCCUCUUGGUUGGCUUCAUUUGAAGCUUGUGGAGAAGGCUAAUGAAGGAAUUCCAGAGCUGGAAGGAAGCGAGGCGGCCAGGAGCAGUGGGGUUGCCGCUGCGAUUGAGAGUCUUGAAGGAAGACUAAAUAAAUAAAUAAAUAAAAAUCCAAACUUUUAAGUUGCUGAAUAUCACCAUUAGUAAACCUGCAGGCCAAAAGAAAAAAAGAACAUGAAAGAAAGGAUGCACAGGUUUGUGCUGAUGAAAUCCGGUAACUAGAUGAGACAAGAAAAUUUUAUGAUUUAGGAGAAUGCAAGUGGAAUUUGUAUACACGGUUGUCAGUAAUUCUGUUGAUUUUUCUUCCAUUUCUCAAUAACAGUAGCAUGAUGUUUUAUGAGGUA